AUGGUUGCUCCUGCAUACUAUCAAGAUUCAUACGUUGACCAUGAAUUAUCAGCCAAUUUAGAUUCAACCUUUGCUUUCGAAGGUCCGGAAAAAUUACUUGAAAUCUGGUUUUGGUCGUCCGAAGGUCAAUUACCUAAUUCUAUUCCAAGCGACGGGCUUAGAAGUAUUCCUUUAGAAAAUUGGAUCAAAUUAUUAGAUUUGGUUAGUUGUAAAGUAUUAUCCAUGAAAUCUUCCAAAUAUAUGGAUGCUUACUUAUUAAGUGAAAGUUCAUUAUUUGUGUUUGCUCAUAAAUUGAUUCUUAAAACUUGUGGUACAACAACUACUUUAGCCUGUUUACAAGAAUUGUUUGAAACUGUCCGUGAUAAAUUAAAUAUUGCUAUGACAAGUAAAGAAAUCUACAAAAUUUUCUACUCAAGAAGAUCAUUUAUGUUCCCAGACAAACAAAUCCAUGUUCAUCGUGAUUGGAAGAGUGAAGUUUCAUUAUUAAAACAACAUUUCAACAAUGGGAAAUCAUACGUUGUCGGAAACUUUGACAGUGACGACCAUUGGUAUCUUUUUGUAGGUGGCGAAGAACCUAGUUGUCCAAUGGUAGGCAAUAUUCGUCGUCAUUUACAUCAUGAUCAGGAUCAAACCUUUGAAAUCUUAAUGACUGAACUCGACCCCGAAAAGGCUCAUAAAUUCCAUACUUCAAGAAAACCAGGGGUUGAAUCAUUAAUCAAAAGUGGUGUUGAUGAAAGUGAUUUAGGUCACGAUGUUGGUCUUGAAACUAUGGCUGAAUCAGGAUUAGAUUCGAUUUUUGAACCUUCAAGAAAACAUGCUACUCAUUUACCUUCACCUUCUUUAUCUGAUAGUUCAGAUCAAGAGCAAUCGGAUAUUGAUUCACUUGUUGAUUCCAUGGAUCACUCAAAGAUUCAUGAUCGUGAUUAUGAGUUCAUUCAUGAUGCAUUCUCAUUCACACCAUGUGGAUUCUCAUCCAAUUCGAUCUGUUCAAAUAUUCCCGGUGGAUAUUAUUACACUCUUCAUAUUACUCCGGAAUCCGGGUGGAGUUAUGCUUCAUUUGAAACGAAUUAUCCAUUCUCCAAUCUGUCCCCAGUCGAUAUUAUGACGGUUGUGACUAGAAUCUUGAAGAUUUUUCAACCUCGCCGAUUCUCAAUGACUUUGAUUAAUGAGUUGGAAGAUGAAGAAAAUUUCUCAAUGUUGAAACUGGGUGGUGAAUUGAUAUUGAGAGAUUUGGGGUAUAAGAAGCAAGAAAAGGCUUUAUAUGAUUUGAAAAAUGAAUAUAAUUUAUUAUAUUUGAAUUUUGAAAAGAUUUAA